AUGUAUUUAGAUCUUUUUAAAUCUACAAGUUCGAUUAAACUUAUACUCCAACACAUAAUUAAUCUUGUACAGUUAUUCAAUAAUACACUCUCAAACAAAUUCAAUUUAAAUAAGAUUGCGAUGACAAAUGUUAUUAUAUCCGAUUUUGACGAGACAAUAACAAAGAAGGAUUCCAUACUGGUCUUUGGUCAAUUACCAUACUACAAAGACCCAGAAAAAUUUCCUAAAUGGACACAUUAUACAGACAAUUAUAUGCAAGGUUGGAAUAAAUAUUCCAACCAAGCACCUUUGAGACGGUUACCUCUAUUAGACUCUGUGUCUACUGAAACUAUUUCACACGAUAAUUAUACUACGCUAUUUAGUAAAGAAAUUCAGUACCAAGAUUAUCUCAGAAAGAUAGAAUUGCAUAGUACUAAUGAAUUAUCUAGAUUGAAUCAUUUCACCGGUAUUAAAUAUUUAAUUCCAGAAUAUAUUAACCACUGUUUUAACAAUAAAAGUAUUGAAAUCAAAGACGGUUUCCAACCAUUUUUAAAUUGUAUCUAUUCUCACAAUGAUAUAUUCUAUGUAUUAUCGAUCAAUUGGUCCAGAGAAUUCAUCAUAGAAGUUAUAAAUAAUGAGAGGCUCACAAAAACAAAUGUCUUUUGUAAUGCAUUAGAAUUGAAGGAUUCAGAAUAUAAUGGAUGUUUUUCCAAUAAACUAUUAACUGGUUCAGACAAAAUGUUGUACCUUAAUCAUAUUAUUAAAGAACAAUCUAAACAGAAAAAUGGGUGUAAGUUUUGGUAUGUUGGUGACAGUGAAACUGAUCUUCUAUCAAUCUUACACCCAUCAGUUAAUGGUAUCUUAUUAUUAGAUCCAAGUGAAAACAUGACUAAAUUCAAAAAUAUCGUCAACAAUAUUCUUGGCUUGGAUCAGAACUCUAUAAACAAGUUUUUACGGGAUAAUGUGUCAAUUAUCCAAUUACCAAUCGAAAAAUGUAAUAAAAAUGGUGUAUACCUAGCCAAGACAUGGGAUUCUAUUGAAAAUUUACUGUAUAAUGGAAAUAUAACUUAUCAUAAAAAAAACUAA